CGCGGGACGUGUUACCAAGCUUGUCCCGGCUGUGUCAGUCACGGUCCCGACUCAUGUUUCAUCCCCACACCGGCAGACUGUUGCUUCAUAGUCGUCGCCACUUCACUCUCUACGCGGCCUUUCUGCUCCUACUUCUAUCUGCCCAGGCCUUGUUGUAAGCCCUGCUGUGUUUGGUUCUAGUGGUGGUUGGAGUAUCUCUCUUCAGCUGCCAAUAUGUCGGGCUUCAAUCUGCUGCAUCUAAUAAGCAAGAGUCAGCCUGUGACUCUGAGGUCCUGCAGUCUUCCCUCAGGAGCUGCUCGAACCAAGAAGACAUGGCCGGUGACCUUUUCUCGGGAGGAAAUGAAGGAACGCCUCACACCCAUGCAGUAUCAUGUUACACAGGAGCGAGGGACAGAAAGUGCUUUCACUGGAGAGUUCACACACCACAAAGACAAAGGAACCUACACCUGUGUUGUUUGUGGAACUCCGUUGUUCAGUUCUAAAUCGAAAUAUGACUCCGGAUCAGGUUGGCCUUCCUUCUUUGACCUUGUGAAAGAGGAUUCCAUUACCGUGUCAGAUGAUUUCUCCUAUGGGAUGCACAGAGUGGAGACCACCUGCAGCCAGUGUGGCGCCCAUCUGGGACACCUGUUUGAUGAUGGCCCAAAACCCACUGGCAAGCGAUACUGCAUCAACUCGGCCUCGCUGUCUUUCCAGACUAAAGACGCCGAGCCCGCAGGCUCCGCCUCCACGGCUGAAGGUGCUGCAGGGGGCGAGGCCAAGACGGAACUUUAAAAAGCCGACCCGGCGAGAUUGAUGUUGCUGUGCAUGUGUUUGAUUGAAGAGUUCUACGCAUAACAACAUAACAGGUUAUUAAACUGACAUAUGAUACACACAUCAAAUAUUUCCACAUGCAAAUAAUACUGACCAAAAGUCUCCUGCUGUGUUGUUCCUGCACAAGACAGAUGUGUUAUUGACGAGGCAGGAGUCGAAGAUAAAGUGCAUUAAAAAGUUGGUCAACUUGAUCGUCGCGGCAAAAAUGGUGCCAGCAUUUGCCGUGUCGUUACCCUUGAGUGUCACCAAGUCCUGCCGCGGCAUUCCAGUUUUGUCGUUUGACCUCGCUCACGUUAACGUGGAGAUGCAUUAUUGAUGAGGCAGCAGUUAAAGUGCAUCAACAGUUAUACUCGUCACUUGACAUGAAAAACAGGCAAGUAAACAAUGACUCCCCUUCUAAUUUGAAAACGGAAGACCCACUUGGUGAAUAUUUUAUUGUGAUCAAGCACAACAUAUUACAGUAACAAGACACAUACGGUACUGUCGUAUAAGACAUACAGGACACAAAUAAGACUUCAUUUACGACAAAGAUAAAAAUAAAAUGCUUUUAAAAAAGUGAUGUGUGAAGCCGCAAAAUUUGAAGCGCAAAGUGGCGAAGGAUUACUGUACUGUCAGUGCACUGUAUUUUGCUGUACUUGUCAGUGUGAACUCACUUAAGCACUCAGUGUGUAAGUACAAAAUGCAUUAAUUGAGGACAAAUGCUGGGUCUCAAAUUGAUUACUUGCAUCAGUACGCUUUCAAUAAGUAUACUGUGUAGAGUGUGUACUUAGUUCCUGAGGGUGCACAUUUAAGACUAUUAGUGCUAUCCUGAAUAUAUUACUGUUGCACACUUACCUGAAGUGACGAUCGCAAUAUUUACUUCCUUUUCACUUCUUUGUGGAAUUGCAACUGUAGGAGUUUGUCCCAUUCUUCAUCCGCCACAUAGCCAAGAUGGUUACUAUCGAGGGUGGGAAGGGUCACUGCACACUCACCAUUUUGGACAUUUUGAGUGCAACAACUUAACAGCGCACUGCAUUAGCCGUACUCACUCAAAAUGCUAAGUGUAAUUUGCGGAAGUGCAAGAAGGGAGACAAUAUUUGGGGUGUAUCUUUGAUGCUUUUUAGGAUUCAACAGAACAUGUGGAUUGCUUUUUGCAAAUAAUGCACAAGUGGGACUAUUUUCUAUUUCUUCCUAAUUGCUUUAUAGUGAUUUUCACAGCUUUCAGUGGAUGAAUAAAAUAGCUGAAGUAUG